AUGAUUCGUGAAUUAUUUUCCAAACCUCUUCUUAAAAAUGCUGUUAAAAGAGUUUUUCCAGACCCAAUGGACCAUUAUCGAUUAGAAUUAAUGCUCUGGGAUUUCAAAAACUCUGAAACCGCAAAAAACUGGGUAACAAUUACAGAUAAACAGUUUGGAGGGCUGUCGACUGCAGAACUGACAAGAAGCAAAUCUGGCAAAGCUUUAUUUCGGGGUGAAUUAUCGACUAAUUUACCUCCAGGAAGUGAAGCGAAGCACAGUGGAAUAUGUGCAAUUCGUUCGCAGCCUCAAUCAAGUUAAGAUGCCAAAUAUAUUCCCUUUUUUAAUUUAUUAGUAUAUUAGUGAUUGGUUUUAACAGUGUCAUCAUCAGUGGGGUGUGGAUACAUUAUGACACAAGGUUCUUUUGUAAAAUCCUAAAGCAUAUUCUCUCUUUUUUUUUUCUUCCAAAAGAUGCCAUUCAGUAAAUUUAUUCUGACUAAUUCUGGGUAUCUUCAAGAUCAUCAAAUGGACUUUCCUAAAAUAAGAACGUUUGGGAUUACAUUAGCAGAUCAUAAUAAUGGUCCGUUCUCACUGGAGAUAGACUAUAUCAAGGCUGUUAUGUUCAUAUAUCAGCCAAAAUACUUCAAAUAUCAGCAUAUUCCAAGGAAAUAAGGGAUUCAUUUGGUCGUUUUCUGUGGAUUUAGACCAAUUAAAGAAGCUUUAAUAGGAAUAUUUGAUAUACGGGUUUGUGAUGAUAUACACGAUACGAAAUGAUUGUGCGAUAUUUUGAUAUCCUAUUAAACAGUCAUUUUUCUA